GUAAUACGUUACACUUUAUUAACACGAGUUAUAGUGUUGUUGCCCAAAAAGCGUUUUUUUCCUCUAUGAUGUAAAUUAUUAGCCGGUUUUAAGAGAAUUGGGGAGGCCCGCAAGUGUAUUUAUUUCUUAGUUACAUCGUGAGUUUAGUUGUGAAGGGGACUUUUAAUUACUGGAUUUUUUAAAUGACAAAUCGUUUGCUUCAUAAAUAUCUGAAAACAAUGUGGUUGGGGAUUUUAGGCGUAAAAAUAAAGAACAAUUUUAUGGUGGCCGGAUGGUGAUUGGAGCUGUUUCAACUGCGGUGUCUCUUAGCGCUCCUCACCGGGCAUCAGUGCAGUCCAAGCCGCUACAAAGAUACGGGGACAUCCCGGUGCGACGAUGACAUGAAUGUAAGUAGAAGUGAACCUAGCGUCCACAUGUCCACACUUCACCGUCUGUUAGAAUGUUCCUGAAGAAUGUUCCACGUGUGGUUGCACUGCAGACAGAAUGGAGGCCGUACGGGCCAAUCGGAACCUUUAGCCUUCCUAUAUGCUUCACUGACUCUGAAAGUGACUUAUCAACCACUGACACACCGAUCCCAGAUAAGGUCCAGAUGAUCAUAGAAAGCCUGAGAAGCACUCAAUCCUCUAUUGAUAUGAACAAUGACUACAACGACAGCAUGCAGGGAAAUCAUGCCAGAGCGAAAUGCUCUGAUGGGCCAACAAGUCGUGAAACACAAGAGGUGAUUGAGAAGAAAGCAAUGGAGGACGCCAAGCCAGUCCUGCUUUCUAAUUCGGACGCAGCAGAAUAUGAGUCUCUGGCUCAAGAUUCUGAUAGUGAUGACUCUGUGGAUAGAGACAUAGAAGAGGCCAUUCAAGAAUAUUUAAAAAAGAAAAAUGAUUACAGAGCCCAGUCCAUUCAAAAUAAUGCCCCAUGUGACAAAGUGGUUAUUAGGGGCCGUGCUCCUAAGAAAAUUGAAAGUGCCGUUCUUCCAGUUAACACUGCUAAAAAGAAGGAGGAACCAAGAGAUCCCCUAAGAUUAAAUACCAGUAAGAGACUAAGGUGUGUCUCAUCUUCCAGUGCAAGCAGUGAUGAUUCUUUUGACCAAAGUAUUCAGGAAGAAAUCAAACGCUUUUUGACUAAAAAGAAGGAACAUGCAGGGGAAACGCACAUCUCCAAAAAGCCAAAAUCCACACCGCCUCCUGUUAAAAGUGAGAAAUCAUCAGCUGAAGUUCGUUUGCACUUUAAAAAAAACGCUAUCAACAGAACCUUUGUAUCUAGCAAUACUGUUACCACUCAAACUACAAGAGAUCCCAGUGAUAAUUUUCAAAUCUUUUGCAAAGUGGAUGAUAACUUGUCAGAUUCCAGCAGCGAUGAUGGAAUUGAAGAAGCUAUUCAGCGUUACCAGCUGGAGAAACAGAAAGAGAAAGAGGGAGACGUAUUCAAGUUCUCAGGAUCAACACAAACCCAGCCCAGUUUGGAUUUGUGUGCAGCUCAAGGUGCUCACAUAGUUAAGCAUCAAAAGAUAUUGAGCAGGAAAAAGAAACGGAGUGACUCCAAACCUGCAGUUUCAACCCACAACAUAAGCAAAGACCUGGACACGGAGGAAGUCAGAGGAAAUGUUUCUCCUUCACCUGAGACGGUCAGAUUUGAGCCGACAUUUCCUCUGAAGGGAAAUACAUCUGCUGAACUGAUGUGCGCUGAAGCUAUAUUGGACAUUUCCAAAGCAGUGCUGCCAACCACAAUUCAACCAAGUGUAAUUGUUACAAAAGCUUGCACAAACACCAGUCCGCUUCCCUCGGGAGAUGUGCCUUAUUGCUCAGAGAACAGUGACAGCAGUUCAGUGGACAGUGACGACGGCAUAGAACAGGAGAUCCGUAAUUUCCUGGCACUUAAGGCGCAAAUGAACAGUCAGCCAGCCAGCACUGGCAGCCUUGUACAAAAAGAGGAAAGCACUUGUGCACUGCAGCAGAAGAUUCCCCCUUCCCGAACAAAGAAACUAAGCCUCUCUCUGUCACGUAAAAGAAAACUGAAAGAUGUGGAAAGUGUCGCACGAGAAGGUGUGCCACAAGAAAACCACAUAAAAGAACAACAGCAAUUAGAGCCUGUUGCAGCGACUGAUGGAAGCGGCGGUGCCACUCUUCAGACCACAAGUACAUCUGCAGAGUUCAACGAAGCGCCUGAUAUGCCUAGCAAAGAAGGUGAUGUGGACCAUCAGUAUAACUCGGGUAAACCAAUGGAGGUCAAUAGUUCAGGCACUGCUGGGCAGCUUGGGAAGGAAUCCUUGCAGUUUGAGGACACAGAAAGGGAACAAACUGGCGAUAAGAGCAGCUCACUGGACAGCGAUGAAGACCUGGAUGCUGCUAUCAAGGAACUUCUAAAAACAAAGCGGAAAGUAAAAAAGAAGACUAAAGAUUCAAAGCUGAAAUGUAAGAAACGUGUAAGCUUUGGAGGUGUAGAAAUGUAUCCAGUUGACAGCCUAGAGACUGUAAAGCACAAAUCUGUCGCCGAGCUUCCAGCAGGUGCUAACCAAAGCAUUCCCAAAAGCUACAUUUCAAAAAGUAGCAGUAGGAAUCUAAAUCUGAAAUUUAGAAGGAGUAAUUUUAAAAAAGAGAAGAAGUCUAAUGCUUCUGAUCAGCCCAAGCAUGUUCCUGAAUCAAAAGGGCAAAGCACUCUUGACAGCCCUGUAACUGGCAAGGAUCAUAGGGUAACUGGGCACAUAGAGCGCAUUGCUGAAGAUACCAGUUCAGUGGAUAGUGAUGAUAGCAUUGAGCUAGAAAUCAGGAAGUUUUUGGCUGAGAAGGCAAAGGCAUCUGCAGUGGGCAGCAAGCAUAAAGAGGAACAGAAAGAAACCUGCAGCAGAAUAUCCAAUGAGGCGAGGGAAAUAAAGUUGGAAGCUCAGCAUGCUCAGCAGAUUGGAAUCUCAGCAAGUGUUGGGCUUCACAGUGGACAGAGCAACCAACUACAGCCUGGCAGUGAGUCUGAACAAAUUAGUGCUACAGAUUCCCAGGAAUUAAUUGUGCGGUCAACUGAAAAGAGACCACAAGUCACUGUGGCUUUAGGCAAAAAUGCAACUGUUAGUCACCGGGUAAAAAAUGGGGAUGAGGCCCUGCAUAGACACAGCUUUGAGAAAAAGAGCUCUCAGAAAAGCAUGGGAGACAGUUUGGGGAGUACUUCAGCCGAGCAGAGGGGUCUUGUACUAUCAAGCCCCACCACUGCAGAAAACAACAUUGCAGAUUUGAAGGGUGUGGAUCUGAACUCCAAUUCACAGGCUUGCCAGGAAACACAGGCAUCCGUUACAGAAGAAACAUUCCAGAUCAGAACUGUAAUUUCUAGUGAUGUUGAGGGGGGACAACAGCAGAAAAUGUCCAGCUAUUCCAGUUUGGUUUCGUGCAAUCAUCAAGGAAAAGUCAGGCAGUCAGAUAAGGUUAGACUCAGCGUCCCAGCUGAUGAUGACUUUAGCGCCAAGAGUUUAAACUCGGGGUGUGAGAAGGGGGAAGAAGUAGCAACUCUCGAGAGAGUGUUUUCCAGUGCAGAUGUGAAAUCAGUCUAUUCAAAACACUCCAGUGUGGGGCAUAUGUUGUCCCCAGAAAAGAGACAGACAAGAGAGACAGACAAUGUUAGUUUACAAAGCUCAGUCAUGGAAAGUACAGUGUCCACCGAGAUGAAACAACCAGUAAGCGCUGUGCAGUUCACUAGACCCAAGCAGGGAAGAGCCAAGGACAGUGAGGACCAUUUUACAGACAAAGGGCAUUGCAGCUCAGAAAGCAACAAGAAAGCUAGAGAGUGUAACACUGAAGAACAAGAGGCAGGAGAUGUAGGCUUAGAAGAGACUUGCCUUGAAUCAGAUGAUGACCAAAGUGGGAUAGAUGCAAGGGAGAGAUUAAAAGGGAAUGGAGAGCAGUCUACUUUGUGAGUAUAGCUUAUAACUUUUUUUUGUUUUGGAGUUUAGUAAUUGAUUUAAUGUGCCACAUAAAUUCCAGUAGUUUGACAGGUUGCAAGGGAUUCCAAAACAGUGAAUACUAGUGCACAGUGCAAAAAAAAAAACAACUUUUUUUGUACAUUAUUUUGUAAAAGAUAUUUAAAAAUAAUAAUUCUCAUGAAGUUGAAUUAAAAAAAAAAAAGUCUUGUUUUUUCUUUUUUAUAUUCAACUGCAGUUGCGAAAUGUAUGCAGAACAAUAUAGCCAGUAGUUGUUUAUUUUUUUUCAACCGUGUAAUGUGCUGUGCUGCUCUGCAGGGUUUGGAAGCAGCUGCACUCCAUGCAGGGGUUUCUGUUCGUUUGUAAAGAACUGUCGGUGGUGCACACCUCUAUAGAAAACACCAGUACUUUACAGCUGGUCUCCUUCAUUGUGGUUUAUAAACGUUGCAGACCUACAGUAAGACCACGCAGUCCCCAGUUUCUUAUGGCAUGCAUUAGUUUUGUAAUCUUAAAUAAUCUAAAAUUGUCAGUAUUAAUAUGAAUAUAAUACAUUCUCCAAAACAGUUUAAAUACGAACCCUUCUUUAAUACACUAUUAAUGGUAUUUUAUUGGUGAUCUGGUGUUUACUAAACCCACAUGCAUAAAAAUUAUGAUCAAUGCAUUAAGAUUAUGAUGAGAAAUGAUGAAUAGAUUCUAAAACUAAUAUAGUUGUCAUACAAAGGGGAGGACGUAUAUAGUAAAACUGAUAUUCUACAUCAUUUAUAUUAAAGUGUGUGUUCCAUAUUUUUUACUAACUUGCAUUCAGCAUAAACCAUGCUACUAUAAAAUGAAAAAGGGAUUCCUAAAUCUCGUGCAAAAUAUGUUUUGUUUUUCUGCUGUAUGGCACUGUUGUAUAUUCCUGCUCCAUUUUAGUGUUUCCAGGUGAGGAUUUGAUUUACUUUAGGAAAUAUGGUUUGUACUCCAUCAUAUCAAUCAGCAAUACUUGGACAGGAGUGGGAUAGAUUUUAUUGCACAGCGAUUGGAAACCUUUUCUUUAGGAUUAAAACUCGGAGCAGUUAAGUUGGAAUUCAGUUUUAAAAACCAAAUAAUAACAAACAAACAAACCCUGGCAUAGAUACUGUUAAUGUGUUUGGCAGCUUUAGCACAACAUAAUUGCUGUCAUAAAUUAAAUGAUACUCUGCUUUUUCUUUGUCAGUUAGUUAAAUGCGCUAACAAAUAUUUUGGAAGCAAUUCAUGACAGAUGUAAUUUCCUGAUUUUAAGAGAACUGAAAUCUGCUUUGUUUAUUUCAUAAGAGGAAGACAUUUUCUUUGUUUUUCUUAGUUUCUUAGUUCAGUGCUGUUAUUGCUUUUUGUUCUUGGUAGACACACUUAACUUCUGUUACAUUGCACCAGUAAUGCCAGGCAUUAAACAAGGCGAUUUCAGAUGCUUUUUUAAUAUAUUGUUAUAAUGCAGUUGGAGCGGCCCAUUUCUGCAUGUCCUCAUUUGCAUUUGGUUUGAACUUGGCCUGCUGCUGAUUGAAACAAAUGGUUUUAAAAUUCUUUCAACUUGGUCCCAAAGGUUCUGUACUGUUGAUUUAAAAGAUGCUCAUUCUUGUAUAAAGUACAUUUUUUUCUUAGACAGUCUUUAGAGCAGACAAUUACACUAGGACAGACAACAGCUGAACAAGAACUGAUGUCCGGUCUAGUUAAUUUUACUUUGAAGAUGAGAAACUCAAACCUCAUUAUUUCUUAUGGGAUUGUAAACCGAUUUGAUAAGUACUGCUCGGAUUGGUUGAUAGGGAUUAUGUGUAUUUUUACAAUGAAUUCAACUGUCCCCUGAAAUUCCCUCUGUACUUCCCUAUGUGGCCUUUAGAUGAGUUUAUUCAGAGAUGGAAGCCAUUUUCUGAAGUACAGCAAUCACAUUCUCGCCAUAAAAACAUUUCUUAGUUUCAGCAGUUAUAUUCGCCUAAAUUACAUCACAAAGAAAAUAAAUACAAUACCAGUCUUUCAUGUUCCCUGUGUAAUACUGUAAUAUCUAAAGCAGCUUAUUUUCUAGCAGUAUGAGUCAACACCACGUUUAUUUAAGUGCUUGGCUGAAAACUUCCCAACUGUUUACAAAUCAGCACACCCAAGAUAUGUUAGCCACUGUUGUUGCUGGUCACACUUGUUAUUUUGGCCAUUUCUUCAAAUAUCUUGUUAGAACUCCAUCACUGAAGUGUGUUUAUAAAUGAAGAUUGUGCUGUAGUCAACUAAAGAGUCUGAUUUUUGUUUUGUUUUUAGAAAAAAAAGAGAUGGUUUAGUUUUAGAUGCACUGUUAAAAUGAGAAGUUUAGAAAGUCAAGAUAUCCGACAUAAGAAGGAAGUAGUUAAACCCUGUUUAACGUUGUCCUUUUCUUUCUUGUCUUUGGCAAAGUCCCUUUGAAUUUCUAAUGUGAAAACUAUGUUAUUUAUUUUUGUUCAUAUAAAUAAAGAAGACUUUACUGACUUUGCUGUGCAUUGCCAGUUUUCAUACAUAUUUUGAAGAACGGCUUCUCCCUUUUUUUGCUGUACAUGGAGAGGAUGUUCAAAUUUGAGCAGCUAUGUAAUAAAGAUUGAAUUUCAACUAUA